ACUUGAUACCAUUUACGACCUGCUGUUUCCAACAUGCGACUCUGGUCUACUUACGCAACUAAUCCUUGUGCAGACGUGCAGCUCUAUUGAUAUCCUGUUUGGCAGAUAUGGAUGGACGGUGUUCUCUCCGGUUUACCCUUUGCUGUAUUUUGCUACUCUUCUGCGGGAUGUCCUUCAUCUUCCACGGAGCCGGGCAGGGUCAUGAGAUUCCCCUAUACACUUACACCUCUUUUGUGCUUGGGGCGGCAUUCUGCUAUUCAAUCACUUGUUUAUCUACCGUUUCCAAUUUCUUUUGCUGGUGAGUCUAUGCCUCUUUUGGGGGGAAGGGGGGGGGAGAGGGGGGAGGAUAGGACUCUUGGAGUUCAAUCGCACGCCGGACGGGACGGGCUGUAGAGAAUAUCGAUUUAUCUGCUAGCAGCGGACGCAGGGAAACCCGGUCCACAUAGUUCAGAAUCCAUGGCAUGUAUGCGACAGUGUCUGGGUCAGGUAGCAACCAGGUAGCAACCAAGUACUCGG